AUGGUUGUUGGCUUGUAUGCAAUGAAGAAAGGGUUUGACUACAACGUUAGGAAGUCCGGUACUGAUAUUUGGUACGUCACAUGUAAGGAUACAGAUUGUGGGUGGAGAUUAAGAGCGAAGAAGUACGUACUUUCUAACAUGUUUGAGGUGAGUACAUUUCAUAAUGUACAUACAUGUUCUCUUAAUCUUCGAGGAAAAGAUAACCGUCAAACAUCACCUUUGAUUGUUGCCCAUCUAAUUAAGGAUAAGUUCGCAACUGACGGCUCAGAUCACUUGGCCUAUGAUAUAAGAAAAAGUAUGCACAAGGAUUACGGGAUCCAAAUGAGUUAUGAAAAGGCAUGGAGGUGCAGAGAGAAGGCACUACACCUAGCUCGGGGUACACUUGAAGAUUCGUACUCGAAAUUACCUAGUUACUUGCACAUGCUACAGUUGAGAAAUCCAGGUACAAUCACGGAUUUUGUGGUAGAAGAUGGUCGCUUCAAGUAUUGUUUCUUCUCUCUGGGUCCUUGUAUUCGGAGGUUUCGAUUUUGUCGACCUGUUGUAUGCGUUGAUGGGUCUUUCUUGAAGACUAGGUAUGGUGGGCAAAUGUUGUGUGCAGUGGCACUAGAUGCAGGGAGUCAUAUCUUUCCUAUAGCUUUUGCUAUAGUUAACAGUGAAAACCACAAUUCCUGGACCUAUUUUAUGAGAAAAUUGAAAGAGAUUGGUGAUAUUGAGAACUUAGCAUUUGUUUCAAAUAGGCAUCAAAGCAUUGUUCAGUUUCAUAGAGAAUUUGAGAAUAUUCGGGCAAUGAAUGUUGCGGUUGCACAAUAUCUUGAGGAAAUUGGAUUUGAAAAAUGGGUUCGGUCGUACUUUCCAGGGGUACGUUACAAUGUAAUGACGAGCAACUGGGCUGAGAGCUUCAACAACACAACUAAGAACGCAAGAGGCUUCCUGAUUAAAGUAUUCUACUAUCAAACAGUCUGA